CGCAGAGGGCGGGACGAAAAGGAAACGGCCGAGCUCGCUUCUUCAACUGCUUGGAUUGGUCCGCGAACGGCUCUCGUCAGCCCUAUUGGCUUCCCUGAGUGGGUUGUUAUGGUAACAAAUGACCGAACAGUCCCCCUUAUGAAUCCACCAAUCAGAAGCGUCGUCUUUUACGCCACGCCUCAGUGCCGUAGGGGUUGCAAAAGCCCCGGUAGGGGCUGGAGAAGAAGGCGGUGCCAGGACGUCCAGCGGAAGGGAGGGGGUGGGGCUCGUGACGUAACAGGAGCAGCCAAUCAGGCCCGGUUUCAUCAACGGCCCCGCCCCGUUACCGCACAUCUCCCCUCCCCUAGUUCAUUUCGCACGACGCAGCGGUUGGAAACACAGACAUUUUCGGAGCGGGAGUCUUCGCAGCCGCCGCCAUUUUGUGUCUGGAGAAAGAAGCUUCAGUGGCGGCUGGAAGUGGACAGAGAUCACCCGUGAGACGGCGGCGUUUCAUACCCGUGGUUUCCCCUGUGUCGUCCCCCAAGCCCCCUCCGCGGUCAGCAUGUGGUGAAGCCGGAGCCGCGGGAGACGCAGGGGAGGAAGCGCAGUCGGCGGGGAGGCGGGGUGUCGAGCGCGGCUUCAGCUCCAGCUGCGGCGGACCUCGGAGGGGGCCGCGGCGCAAUGUCAGAGCAGACGCCGGCCGAGGCCGGUGCUGCCGGGGCCCGGGAGGACGCCUGUCGGGAUUACCAGUCGUCGCUGGAAGACCUGACCUUCAAUAGCAAACCGCACAUCAAUAUGCUGACCAUUCUAGCCGAGGAGAACCUGCCCUUCGCCAAGGAGAUCGUCUCUCUCAUCGAGGCCCAAACCGCCAAGGCUCCUUCCUCAGAGAAACUUCCGGUUAUGUACCUUAUGGAUUCCAUUGUGAAAAACGUUGGACGAGAGUAUCUCACUGCCUUUACUAAAAAUCUAGUUGCAACAUUUAUUUGUGUGUUUGAAAAGGUGGAUGAAAAUACUAGAAAAAGUUUAUUUAAAUUACGUUCUACAUGGGAUGAAAUAUUCCCUUUGAAGAAACUUUAUGCCCUGGAUGUCAGAGUCAAUUCGUUAGACCCUGCUUGGCCUAUUAAACCUCUACCCCCCAAUGUGAAUACGUCUAGCAUCCAUGUGAAUCCCAAAUUUUUAAAUAAGUCGCCUGAGGAGCCUUCAACACCUGGCACAGUGGUCAGUUCCCCCAGCAUCUCCACUCCCCCAAUUGUUCCCGAUAUACAGAAGAAUCUUACCCAAGAACAGCUAAUAAGGCAGCAGUUACUGGCAAAACAGAAACAGUUGUUAGAACUUCAGCAGAAAAAGCUGGAGUUGGAGCUAGAGCAAGCUAAGGCACAACUGGCUGUUUCUCUUGGUGUUCAGCCUGAGACCUCCAGCUUGGGUCCUGGAUCUGCACCAUCCAAAUUAACGCAGAUUCCUGCUAUGGCAGUUAAAGCUCCCCAUCAAGUUCCUGUUCCGCCUGAGAAAAACCGCCCAGGUCCAUCUUUACAGAUUCAGGAUUUGAAAGGAACUAAUCGAGAUCCCCGUCUUAACAGGAUGAGCCAACAUUCUUCUCAUGGAAAAGAUCAAAGUCACAGAAAAGAAUUUCUAAUGAACACGUUGAAUCAGUCUGAUAUUAAGACAAGUAAAGCUGCUCCCUCUGAAAAGCUAAACUCAUCCAAGCAAGAAAAAAGUAAAUCCGGUGAAAAAGUAAUCAAGAAAGAAUUUGACCAAUUAGAUUCUAAAUCUAAAUCUAAAUCUAAAUCUCCAUCACCUUUGAAAAACAAAUUGUCCCACACAAAGGACUUGAAAGGUCAAGAAUCUGAGAGUGUGAGGUUGUCUGAUAUGAACAAGAGAGAUCCAAGACUGAAAAAACAUCUUCAGGAUAAGACUGAUGGUAAAGAUGAGGACAUAAAAGAAAAGAGAAAAACUGCAGAAAAAAAGGAUAAAGAUGAGCACAUGAAGUCCUCUGAGCACAGACUGAUUGGAAGUAGAAAUAAAAUCAUAAAUGGUGUUGUGCAAAAGCAGGAUACAAUAACAGAAGAAUCGGAGAAGCAGGGAACAAAACCUGGGAGAUCAAGCACUAGAAAACGUUCAAGGUCGAGAUCACCCAAGUCUCGGUCACCAAUUAUACAUUCCCCAAAGCGGAGAGAUAGGCGGUCACCCAAACGCAGGCAGAGAAGUCUGUCUCCAACUUUGAUACCCAAAGCUGGGAAGAUGCGCCAAUCAGGAAUUAAACAGUCACAUAUGGAAGAGUUUACACCGCCUUCCAGGGAAGAAAGAAACGCGAAGAGAAGCACUAAACAGGAUAUGCGAGAUCCAAGACGAAUGAAAAAGGUGGAAGAGGAACGACCACUAGAGAGUGCAAAUCAGCAUUCUGUGAAAUCAGGCACUGAACCAAAGGAGAACAUAGAAAAUUGGCCAAGUUCUAAGUCCACCAAAAGAUGGAAAUCUGGUUGGGAAGAAAAUAAAAGUUUACAGCAGGGGGACGAGCAUAGUAAAUCGCCUCACCUCAGGCAUAGGGACAGCUGGUCAAGCGCCAAAGGAAUCUUGUCACCUCGGGCCCCCAAGCAGCAGCAUCGGCUCAGUGUAGAUGCCAACCUGCAGAUUCCGAAAGAGUUGACAGUUGCAAGCAAAAGAGAGUUACUUCAAAAGGCGAGCGAGCGUCUAGCGUCCGGCGAGAUCACACAGGAUGAGUUCCUGGUGGUUGUGCAUCAAAUUCGCCAGCUAUUUCAGUACCAAGAAGGUGUAAGAGAAGAGCAGAGAUCUCCGUUCAAUGAUCGCUUUCCACUUAAGCGACCUAGAUAUGAAGAUUCAGAUAAACCAUUUGUAGAUAGCCCAGCAUCAAGAUUUGCUGGCCUUGAUACAAAUCAACGACUUACGGCUUUGGCUGAAGACAGACCAUUAUUUGAUGGGCCUAGUAGGCCGUCGGUGUCAAGAGAGGGCCCAGCCAAGAUGAUUUUUGAAGGACCUAAUAAAUUAAGCCCCAGAAUUGAUGGACCUCCUACACCAGGUUCUCUUCGGUUUGAUGGGUCACCUGGCCAGAUGGGGGGAGGAGGCCCUCUGAGGUUUGAAGGACCACAAGGUCAGCUAGGAGGCGGGUGUCCUAUGCGAUUUGAAGGUCCUCCAGGACCAGUAGGAACGCCUCUGCGUUUUGAGGGACCAAUUGGUCAAGCAGGAGGUGGUUUUCGGUUUGAAGGUUCUCCUGGUAUGAGGUUUGAGGGAUCUGCAGGUGGUUUGCGAUUUGAAGGACCAGGGGGUCAGCCUGUUGGUGGUCUCAGGUUUGAAGGACAUCGUGGUCAACCUGUGGGUGGUCUGAGGUUUGAGGGACCUCAUGGUCAGCCUGUGGGCGGUCUUAGAUUUGAUAAUCCCCGUGGUCAGCCUGUAGGUGCUCUUAGAUUUGAGGGAGGUCAUGGUCCAUCAGGGGCUGCAAUUAGGUUUGAUGGACCUCAUGGUCAACCAGGAGGUGGGAUCAGAUUUGAGGGACCUUUGCUACAGCAAGGAGUUGGGAUGAGGUUUGAGGGCCCUCAUGGUCAGUCAGUAGGUGGUCUGAGAUUUGAAGGACAACAUAAUCAGCUUGGUGGGAACCUGAGGUUUGAGGGUCCCCAUGGCCAGCCAGGUGUUGGCAUCAGGUUUGAAGGACCUCUGGUACAACAAGGAGGUGGAAUGAGGUUUGAGGGGCCAGUACCAGGAGGCGGCCUGAGAAUUGAAGGGCCUCUGGGUCAAGGUGGUCCAAGAUUUGAAGGGUGCCAUGCUUUAAGGUUUGAUGGGCAGCCAGGUCAGCCGUCACUCUUGCCAAGAUUUGAUGGGUUACAUGGCCAGCCUGGUCCUAGAUUUGAAAGAACUGGUCAACCAGGCCCUCAGAGGUUUGAUGGACCUCCUGGACAGCAAGUUCAGCCAAGAUUUGAUGGUAUACCUCAAAGAUUUGAUGGUCCACAACACCAGCAAGCAUCAAGGUUUGAUAUUCCUCUUGGUCUACAAGGCACACGAUUUGACAAUCAUCCUUCACAGAGGCUUGAGUCAGCCCCUUUUAAUCAGACUGGUCCAUACAAUGAGUCACCUGGCAGUGCUUUUAAUACCCCGACCCAAGGACUGCAGUUCCAGAGACAUGAACAAAUAUUUGAUUCACCUCAAGGACCAAAUUUUAAUGGACCACAUGGCCCUGGGAACCAGAAUUUCUCAAAUCCUCUUAACAGAGCUUCUGGACACUAUUUUGAUGAAAAGAAUCUUCAGAGUUCUCAAUUUGGAAACUUUGGCAAUUUACCUGCUCCAAUGUCAGUUGGAAAUAUUCAAGCAUCUCAGCAGGUUCUGACGGGUGUUGCUCAGCCAGUAGCAUUUGGCCAAGGACAACAGUUUUUACCAGUUCAUCCACAAAAUCCUGGAGCAUUUGUUCAGAAUCCUUCAGGUGCUCUUCCUAAGGCAUAUCCUGAUAAUCAUCUCAGUCAGGUUGAUGUAAAUGAAUUGUUUUCAAAACUGCUGAAAACAGGAAUUCUCAAAUUAUCCCAGCCUGAUUCUGCCACAACACAAGUAAAUGAAGUUGCUGCUCAGCCUCCCCCUGAAGAGGAGGAAGAUCAGAAUGAAGAUCAGGAUGUUCCAGAUCUUACUAAUUUUACAAUUGAAGAAUUAAAACAACGUUAUGACAGUGUUAUAAACCGGCUGUACACUGGUAUUCAGUGUUACUCUUGUGGAAUGAGGUUUACAACGUCACAGACAGAUGUAUAUGCAGAUCACUUGGACUGGCAUUAUCGACAAAACAGAACUGAGAAAGAUGUUAGCAGAAAAGUCACUCAUAGACGCUGGUACUACAGUUUAACCGACUGGAUAGAAUUUGAGGAGAUAGCUGACCUGGAAGAACGUGCAAAGAGCCAGUUUUUUGAAAAGGCACACGAAGAAGUUGUGCUCAAAACUCAGGAGGCUGCUAAAGAAAAGGAGUUCCAGAGUGUACCUGCUGGCCCAGCUGGGGCAGUUGAGAGUUGUGAAAUUUGCCAAGAACAAUUUGAACAGUACUGGGAUGAAGAAGAGGAGGAAUGGCACUUAAAAAAUGCUAUUAGAGUGGACGGCAAGAUUUAUCAUCCAUCAUGUUAUGAAGAUUAUCAAAACACAUCUUCAUUUGAGUGUACACCAUCUCCCAGCAAGACACCGGUUGAAAAUCCUUUGAACAUUAUGUUGAACAUUGUUAAGAACGAGUUGCAGGAACCCUGUGAAAGUCCCAAAGUUAAGGAAGAACAAAUUGAUACCCCACCAGCUUGUACAGAGGAAAGCAUAACAUCGACUGAAAUUAAAACAGAAAAUGAUACAGUUGAGUCAGUUUAAAUAAAAUGAGAAAGGUUUUUUUUUAAACUAAGCUGCUGUUGGAUGUAGAGGGUGAAGCAUUUUUUAUGUAUAUAUAGACAUAUAUCUAUAAAUUGUCUAGCUGAGGCAGGGCCUUCAGCUAUAAUUUGGAUAAUAAAUACAUUUUAGUAUUUGCAUUUCCUACUGCCUGCACAGUUUCAGGUGCUUGUUGUGUGAAAGUUCUGUAGAUGUGUGCAAAUUUAAUGAAAUGAAAUUGUAUGUGUAAAAAUGUACGAUUUUCACUUGUCAUACUGUAAAUUAUAAAAUAAAAAUAUUUUUGCUAUACAUGGAGUGUAAUAUUUAUGCACACCAUCAAAUAAAGACAGUGUUUCUGUACUUUUUAUUGGGUGAAAAUGGAACUGAACAGCCUCAACAUAAAAUUUUUUUCUACUUAGUAGCUUUCCAUGAUUAAAGAAGCAAUGUACGAAGUUAGUUUUAUCCUUCAAGAAGUGAUGGUAGAGAACAAUGCAGGACUUUUCUAACAGAAAAGCCAAAUUUAAAAAAUUUAACAGGACAUUUUUGCAUACACAUAUAUAGAUAUGUAUCUUCAGCUAUAGAGAACCACCUAGAUGUCUGUUUUUGCAAAGUACCUAAUGAAGCAACUUUUAUUCUUGAACUUGGACACUGCUGCCAUCAAUUAACAAAUAUAUUUAAGUACUAAAGGUGAUUUUUUUUUAAAAGAUAUUUUUCAAGUUGUCGGGUGAUUUAAUGCAGAUGAGCAUUUUCUAUUUUAAGUUACAGGGAAUCUGUAAGAAUGUUCACUCGAAACAUGGUUAACCUCUUUUCCUUUGUUGGUUUUGAUUUGAUUAGAUGGAUACCAUGAGAUGUUAAUACUCAUACAUGUAAUAAAUAGAAUGAUGAAGAAA